GCUCAAAUCAGUUUGUUUGUGGACUCAGACGUCGACGGACGUGUGCGUUCGUUAAAAGAAACCGCUGAUUAAGAACGAUCUACGAGAUACAGAUACAAUUGCAGAUACCGAUACCGAUAUCGAAGCAGUGAAAGUGUGCCGCUCCGGAGACACAGAUACAAAAAAAAAAUAAGCAAAUAAAGCUAGAGAUUAAUCCGCCUGGCGACCGAUAUAAAAGUGAACCAUGGAGGGCCUGCCGCGCACAUUAAACUACGAACUGUCGCACGAUUUGCAUUUCGACCACUACGCCGGUGCCGCCGCCCAAAAGAUUCUGAACAGCGGAAGGAGUUCUCCCGAAGCCUCCACGCCCACGAUCACCACUUUCGAUUCCAUUGCGGGCAGUGAUUUCCUGAAGCAAAUCGGAGCGCAGAUCCUCAGCUCGAUCCAACUGAAGCAUCACCACCAACUCAGCGAAGUUAGCCAUCCGAAGAACUCCACCAGCGAGGACAUAAUGGACUUCGAUCUGGCCAAUCGCGUUGUGCUGGACAGCAGCAGUGUGGACCAGUUGCAGCAGCAGUUGGAGUACGACAAGUUCAUGAACGAGGUCUGGAUAGGCAUCGUCUUCACCCUGAUCCUCAUCUCGAUGGUCUUCUGCAUCUGCUCCUGCUUCCUGUACCACCAGUUCCGAACCUGGAAACGCAAUUAUCGCAACAAUGCAAAUGGCUCCACGCAGUGCACCAUUGUGGAUAUAGAGGCGUUGAAACUGCACCCGGAAGCGGAGGAUCCGGUGCCGGAGUACACCCUGGUAUCUGGAUUACCCAGCUACGAGGCGGCACUGGAGCUGCUGCAAAAGUCGCCCCAGUCAUCCUGCCUGAUUGUCUACCCGAGUGUGUUUAAUGUGUUCAAUAAGCAGGAUAGGAGCAGCCAGGAGUUGCAGCACCAAACUGCAGCAUCAGCGGUUGAGAAUCGGGUUGCACCGCAAACACCUUCGUUUUGUGAGGCCACAAUGCCACUGCUCCCAGUCGCCACCACACCAGCAACACCAGCAACACCAGCAACAGCAGCAACAGCAGCAACAGCAGCAACAGCAACACCAGCAACAGCAACACAAGCAACAGCAGUAACAUCAGCAACAUCGCCCACGUGCGAGGCGAUUAAGCCGAACUUUGUGAUGAUGCCAAUUGUGCCCAGUUAUGCGGAGGUAUUCGGCAGCUCCUACAAAACCGUCGACGAGAAAAAGAAAUCGAAGUCGAAAGACAGCCAGGUGAAAGAUGAUGUCAAGCGGUAAUGCCAUCUCACGGAUACCAACGCAUCCAACUGAGCUCUGUGAUAUUUUCAUUCAUGCUGGAAAGACAUACUUUAUGUAAUUAAACUAAGCGCUGUGAUUAUCAAAAAGACGUUACUAAACAUACUACUCGCUACAAAAUGUGUUAGCUAGAUAGUUUCACCAGAGUGUACUUAAUGAUUUUGUAUCCAGUACUUAUGGCAACAUAAGGCGGAUGAUAAAUGUAUGUUAUUAGACAUAAGUAGGCCACAAACUAAUUAUUAAUAAAUUAUACACCAGAAACUUAACAAUUUA